CAUGUAGAGAUUUUAUCGUCUUUGUACUUUUAUGUCUAGUAUUUUUUGCUUUGAUUGUCUCUUCUGUGUGUGAUUAUAAUACUACAUGCAAAUGUCCUGCAAAACAUCUAUCUGGUACAUUCUGCGGUGAUGAUAUUGGAUGUAAUAAAGAUAAUGUUUACGAAUGUCCUAUACCUGGCUCCACAACAUGUGAAUAUGGACCUCGUGAUUCUUGUAAGUUGUGUGGGAAAUUGGUUUGUAAAUCUCAACCACUACCAUCUACAUCAAAGCCACCAUCUACAACUGCAUGUAAUCCUGCUUGUGUUAAACCUAACACAUGUGUUAAUGCAAAAUGUGUAUGUCAAUCAUCGAAUUGUUCAAAAGGACAAAAGUGUGAUAGUAAUUCACCAUUAGAUGCUCUAGAAGCUUUUGGUGCUUGUGAAGCUAUAAUAACAGGU